UCAGUAUCAUCUCAUGAAGUCCCGCAAAUAUCUGCUAUCUUCCCUCUCUCUCCUCACCUACUAGUCUCUCUCUUUCUCUCUCUCUAUAAUUUGUAUCUCAUUUGCUUGAUAUUCGCUCUUUCUUAGAUCCCUUUAAUCCUAUCUUCAUCUCUUGGAAAAAUUCAGAAACUUUCUCGAGAAAAAUGAAGGAAAACAUGGGAAACCCUUUGCACCUGACCUCUUUGAAUCACAUCUCUCUUGUUUGUAGAUCAGUCGAGAACUCCAUUGAUUUUUACCAGAAUAUUCUUGGGUUCAUUCCUGUGAGGAGGCCUUGUUCAUUUGAUUUUGAUGGAGCAUGGCUGUUCAGUUAUGGAAUUGGAAUACAUCUAUUGCAGUCAGAAGAUCCAGAAAACAUGCCAAAGAAAAGAGAAAUCGAUCCAAAGGACAAUCAUAUUUCUUUUCAGUGUGAGAGCAUGACAGCAGUGGAGAAGAAGCUGAAGGAAAUGGGAAUCGACUACGUGAGGCAGCGGGUAGAGGAAGGUGGAAUUUACGUUGAUCAACUGUUCUUCCACGACCCAGAUGGAUUCAUGAUCGAGAUAUGCAAUUGCGAUAACAUCCCAGUGAUCCCGCUUGCCGGAGAGAUGGUCCGGUCAUGCUCGAGGCUGAACCUUCAGAAGAUGCAACAUCAGCAGCAGAUACAAAUCGUCCGACCAUAGGAGAAGAGCUCAUGAGCUUUAAUUAAUGCUAAAUUUGUUUUUGUGUGCAUGUCUUUUUGUUUUUGUUUUUGUUUUUCUUGUUUACUUGCUUUAGGUUCAUGUGAUAAGAACUUGGUGAUGGCAAAUGAAAAUGGUCACUUUGAAUGUGGCCUAAUUGGAAUUUUCUUGA